AUGGGGACUCCGACCGGUCUGGACUAUAUGCGUUCGCGCACCGUUGUGGAUUGUGAUACGAUGGACGAAGAGGUUGCCAAGUCCCUCGGUCCCUUUCAGGACUGCACUUCGAACCAGGCUAUCGCCUUUGGCGAAUUGUCCAAACCCGAUCGUGCGGAGGUCGUCGCCGCGUCCUUGGCUGAUGCCAAGGCACUUCACACCAAGUACUCAUCUAUCGGUGUAGAUGAGCUCGCUGUCGAGAUUGGGAUGGUACGUCUGGCUGUUGCUAUGGCGAAGCAUAUUCGAGGAUUGGUUCAUGUGCAAACGAAUCCGUACUACUCAUACUCCACGGAGAAAACAGUCAUCAAUGCUCUUCGAAUUGUGCAAAUUUUCCAACAUGUUCAACCAGGGUUCGAUGUCGCUCGUAUCUCCAUCAAGAUCCCAAGUACCUGGGAUGGCAUGAUGGCUUGUCGAACUCUUGAGCUUGCUGGAGUACGGACACUCGCGACCACUCUGUUUAGUAUGCCCCAGGCGUGUCUUGCAGCUGAAGUGGGCUGUACUUAUGUGGCUCCCUAUGUGAAUGAACUGAAGGUCCACGUCAAAGCAGGCUUUGUUGAUGAGCAUAAGCUCCUUCCUCUCUGUGCUGCUAUUCAAGCGUACUACAAAUCAAUCAAAGCUCCGACCAAAGUCUUGCCCGCGAGUUUGACCUCAACGGAGGAAAUAUUCCAGCUUGCUGGCGUUGACCACCUUAAAAUUGCACCCCACCUCCUGGAGCAGCUUGCGCUCCCUAUGGGAACUAAUGUGAACUCGUUGUUUGACGCUGCUCCCACAGAGCCAUUUCCGCCACCGGGUGCUUCAUACCUGCAUGAUCCCGGCCGAUACAAGAUUACAUUCGCCCGCGACCGUAGCGGUGCCAGUCAAAUGAAAUUGACCGAGGCGAUCAAUAUCUUUUGCGACUUCCAGGAUAAGCUGGAGCACAUUAUGAAGGUUUCAGUUUAG